AUGGCUCCACCAACAGUGUUGCCUCCUGGAUACGACGCCAACAUCCGCUGUGAUUUUCACUCUGGGGCACCAGGACACCACACUGAAAAAUGCCGGGCUUUCCAGCACAAAGUCCAGGAUUUGAUCGACUCCAAGGCGAUCAAUUUUUCUCCCGUGCCUAACGUUGUGAACAAUCCUAUGCCUCAACAUGGAGGACAUAGGGUGAAUUGUGUUGAAGGGGCCGAAGCUGAAGAUUUUGUUGUCAGAGUGGAUGAGAUUCAGACUCCUUUUUUGACUGUAAAGGGCCGUUUGUUGGGUGGUGGUGUCUACCCGGGCUGUGGCAAAGACUGUUUGGACUGUGCUGAAGUUGAUAAUGGUUGUGACCAGUUGAAGGCUGGUAUUCAAAAGUUGAUCGACGAGGGUUGUGUGCAGUUCAGUCGGGCUGUCAAAGAUAAUGGGUCGGUGUCAACUGUCACCAUCUACUUUAAACCGGCUGAAGGACGAGGACAAGGGGUUGUUAGUACAUCUGCAGCAAGUGCUCGUACCAAGAAUACAAUACACCAAACCUUGGAUGCCAAAUACCUCCCAAGGGGAGAUUCAUCUGUGUCCGGCCCUGUAGUUAGGUUAUUUAAGCCAUUUGACGAGCUCUUUGUUGACUCCAAGGAUUUCAAUGUUGAAGCUCUAUUGAAAUUCGUUGAAGAAUCCAGUAUCCCCCUUGUGACUAUCUUCAACAAUGAACCAAGCGAUCACCCUUUUGUUGUCAAAUACUUUAACUCUCCCAAGGCAAAGGCAAUGUUGUUCGCCAACUUCACUUCUGCAAGUACUGAAGCUUUUAAGGCAAAAUACCGUGAAAUUGCUGAGCAAUACAAACAACAGGGAAUUAGCUUUCUUAUCGGAGAUGUUGAGUCCAACCAAGGUGCCUUCCAGUAUUUUGGACUUAAGGAAGACCAAGUACCUCUAAUUAUCAUUCGGCAUACUGACGGCAAGAAAUUUUUCAAGCCCAAUUUGGAACCAGAUCACCUUGCAACUUGGUUGAAGGCAUACAAGGAUGGAGAUGUUGCUCCAUUUGUCAAGUCUGAACCUAUUCCUGCGACUAACAACGAACCUGUUAAAGUGGUGGUUGGGGAAACUCUUCAAGAAAUAGUUUUCAACUCUGGGAAGAAUGUUUUGCUCGAGUUUUAUGCCCCUUGGUGUGGUCACUGCAAGUCAUUGGCUCCAAUCUUGGACGAAGUUGCCGUCUCAUUUCAAAGUGAUCCUGAUGUCGUUAUUGCAAAACUGGAUGCAACUGCCAACGAUAUCCCAAGCGAUACCUUUGAGGUUCAAGAUUAUCCUACUUUGUACUUCAGGUCAGCAAGUGGAAAGAUAUCACAAUACGACGGUGGUAGGACAAAGGAAGACAUCAUCGAAUUCAUUCAAAAGAACAAGGACACAACUGGUGCUGCUCAGCAAGAAGUUGAACAACCAAAAGCUCCUGCUCAGCAGACAGACCAACUCACUACCAUGGUUCAACCACCACCCUCCUUGAAGCCACAACCUACUAAUGGUGAGAAAUAA